GUGCAGCUCCGAGCACUGGCACGGCGACCUUCCCGCCGACACCGCCGGCUGCAUCCGCGGCAGGGGGUUCCACCGAGACGCAGCUCGCCCAACUCAAGGAGCUCGUGCAAAGCAUGACCCAGAAGGCGAACGAGGACACUGCGGUGCCGGGGACGACCGAGGCAAACAAUCCAAAGAAAAUAAGAUCGGUCCGAAUGGGGGUACUCCGGAAGAUCACUAAAGGUUACGUGAAGCACCAGGAGCGGUCGAGGUCUGCCGUCAUGAAGGUCUUGACGGGGACUACGUGGCCAGCGCACGUCAACAAGAGCAUCCAGGAGUGGAUGGAGGAUCGGGUGGACGAGGUUCCGCAUAAGCGAGCGCCGCGGGCAGUGUGUCUGUGGGGCCUGCUCAAAGAAGAGCACUGA